GACAUCUAUUGUACUUCCUGUCCCGCGUCGUCACUUCCGUAGUCUCCAAGAUGGCUGGGCGCGUGGUGCUGUCUGCAUGCCGGCUGGCAGUGUUCAGCAGGCUCCCAGCCCACAGUCUGCGCAUUGCGACGUGGCCCAGCCCUGCGGCUCGCUUCUACCCCCUGCUGUACAGGAACUAUGCCACCGAGGUCAAAAAGAGCUACCUGAGGGACAAGCCCCACAUCAAUAUUGGCACCAUCGGGCACGUGGACCACGGGAAGACCACGCUGACAGCUGCGAUCACUAAGAUCCUAGCAGAGGCUGGCGGGGCUCAGUUUAAGAAAUAUGAAGAAAUUGACAACGCCCCGGAAGAGAAGGCUCGUGGUAUCACCAUUAAUGCAUCGCACGUGGAAUAUACCACGGCCAACCGCCAUUAUGCGCACACGGAUUGCCCCGGACAUGCUGAUUACGUGAAGAAUAUGAUAACGGGGACCUCGCAAAUGGACGGCUGUAUUCUGGUUGUAGCAGCCACGGACGGACAAAUGCCACAGACGCGGGAACACUUGUUGCUGGCGAAGCAGAUCGGGGUACAGCACAUCAUUGUGUAUAUUAACAAGGCUGAUGCCGUCGAUGACAAGGAGAUGCUGGAUCUGGUGGAACUUGAGAUCAGGGAGCUGCUGACGGAGUUUGGAUAUGACGGGGAGAACACGCCCGUGGUCACAGGAUCCGCGCUCUGUGCCCUUGAGAACCGCAAUCCAGAUAUUGGCCUGAAUUCUAUCAUUAAGCUCCUGGAUGUUGUGGACAGUCACAUUCCGGUCCCGGAGCGCGACCUUGACAAGCCCUUCCUGCUGCCGGUGGAGACCGUGUAUUCUAUUCCAGGCCGGGGUACAGUGGCGACCGGGACCUUGGAGCGCGGUACAAUUAAGAAGGGAGAUGAAUGCGAGUUCAUCGGGCGUAGCAAAUAUAUUAAAUCAGUGGUCACAGGGAUUGAGAUGUUCCACAAGAGCUUGGACCGGGCAGAGGCUGGAGAUAACCUUGGAGCACUGGUCAGAGGAUUAAAGAGAGAAGACAUCCGGAGAGGCAUGGUGAUGUGCAAACCAGGCUCCAUAAAAGCCCACCAGAAGGUGAAUGCUCAGGUGUACAUCCUCAGCAAGGAGGAAGGAGGACGCCACAAGCCUUUCGUCAGCAACUACUUACCUGUGAUGUUCUCCUUGACUUGGGACAUGUCUUGCCGAAUCACCCUUCCGGAGGGGAAGGAGAUGAUGAUGCCUGGAGAAGACUCCAGCCUGGUCAUGACUUUGCGGCAGCCCAUGGUCCUGGAAAAGGGUCAGCGCUUCACGCUACGAGAUGGAAACAGAACCAUCGGAACGGGAAUCGUGACAGACAUCCUGGAGAUGACACCAAAAGAUGAAGAGGGCUGGGUGUCCUGAGCAUCACACACAUGGACUUGUCUCAUGGGGGGCAGGGGGUGUUUCUGCUGAAUUGUAGACUACCCCAAACAACGACAAAUGCGGCACCCAACGUCAUCCCUCACCCUGGCCUCCAAUUCCUCUGUACAAUACUCCCCAUACUCAAUAAAAUGAGUUCUGCCCAUUUGCUCGUGA